AUGCGGGUGACAGCAGGCAUGAUCCAGUACGUGGCACUGUUCAUCACGCUGCUGAGCACAUGGUUCAUCCUGCAAACGUACUUCGAUCACGGACAGAAAGCCGUCAGCCUGCGGAGCUGGCUCGGUGCCUCCAAGAAGCCCAUCAGCAAGCAGCUGCCCCGGCACAAGUGUGGGAACCAGAAGAGUUGCCCCCAGAACCAUUUUGCCUUCAAGAUCAUCAGCGGUGCUGCAAAUGUGGUGGGACCCUCCAUCUGCUUCAAUGACAUGGUCCUCAUGAGCAGCAUGAAAAACAACAUUGGCAGAGGCCUGAACAUCGCGCUGGUGAACGGAACAAGCGGGCAGCCCCUGAAAGCUGACACGUUCGACAUGUACUCUGGAGACAUUAACAAACUGGAUACCUUCCUCCAAGAGAUCCAGCAUGGCACCAUCGUGCUAACAGCCAGCUAUGAUGACGCUGCCACAAAGAUGAACGACAAAGUACGGGCACAUUUUGUGGAGCUGGGCAGCAGCCACGUGAAUGAGGUGGGCUUCCGGGACAACUGGGUCUUCUUGGGAGCAAAAGGGCUGAAGAACAAGAGCCCUUUUGAAGAGCACAUCAAAAAUGAUGAGAAAACAAAUAAAUACGAUGGCUGGCCUGAGCUGCUGGAGAUGGAAGGCUGUGCCCCCAGGAAGACGGAUUAG